CCUCCCCGAUUUUAUUAAGCGAAAAAAUUAAUUAAAUUAAAAGUAAAAUAAAAAUAAAUAAAUUAGGGCUUUUGCUCCUCCUCCUCGUCUCUUCUCCCACCCCUUCGAUCGAUCGAGCGAGGCGAAGAAGGCGACGACAAUGGCGAGGGUUUUGUCGAAGGGCGCGAUGGCGGCGGCGGCGAGGUGGGUGCGGCGGCAGCCGCCGAAGGUGAAGGCGUUCCUCGCGGUGGUGGCGGGCAUGGCGGCGCUCGUGCUCAUACGCGCCGUCGUGCGCGACCACGACAACCUCUUCGUCGCCGCCGAGGCCGUCCACGCCCUCGGCAUCUCCGUCCUCAUCUACAAGCUCACCAAGGAGAAGACCUGCGCCGGACUGUCACUUAAGUCUCAGGACUUAACAGCUCUUUUUUUAGCUGUUAGACUGUACUGCAGCUUUGUUAUGGAAUAUGAUAUCCACACUCUUCUGGAUACCGCUGCACUCGCAACUACCUUGUGGGUCAUUUAUAUGAUGCGGUUUAGACUAAAGUCGAGUUACAUGGAGGAUAAGGAUAACUUUGCAAUAUAUUUUGUGGUGCUGCCGUGUGCCGUGUUGGCCCUUCUUAUCCAUCCGUCAACAUCGCAUAAUAUCCUUAACAGGAUUUGUUGGGCAUUCUGUGUUUAUCUAGAAGCGGUCUCAGUGUUACCCCAAUUACGUUUGAUGCAAAAUACAAAGAUUGUUGAACCAUUCACAUCUCACUAUGUAUUCGCUCUGGGUGUGGCUAGAUUUUUAAGUUGCGCACACUGGGUCCUUCAGGUCCUGGACACUCGCGGCCGUCUGCUGACGCAGUUGGGCUACGGAUUGUGGCCGUCCAUGGUUCUCCUCGCCGAAAUCGUCCAAACAUUCAUCCUCGCCGAUUUCUGUUAUUAUUACAUUAAGAGUCUCGUCGGAGGCCAACUGGUGCUGCGCCUUCCUUCUGGUGUGGUGUAAAGAUUUGAAACUUUACGCGUGCGAGUUCUCAGCUUCCUGUACUAUGAAGUAUAUUCAUAUUUCUGCAUGAUGAACUCUUUGGCUUGAUUGUUCUGAUGCUAAAUUGUAGAAGUGUACAUAUUUAAGUGAAAAUUUAUUUUGGUUUUAUGAA